AUGUGUUCUGAAUCUAGGACGAGAUCAAGAACGAAACUGUUUGGGAUUGGCGCGGCACAAGCUGACUUGACUCUAGUUAAUUUACCAAUUGGCGGCACAGCCAUUCCCUUCAUCCUGUUUUUCUUGCCUUCACAGCAACCAGAAAAGCAGCUGAAGCAGGAAAGCUGGUCUGUGAUCUUAGGCCAUUUUGAUCCCGUCGGAACUGUCUUCUUUGUUGCAGACAUCAUCUGUUUAUUAAUCGCCUUUCAGUGGGGAGGGAGUCAAGAACCUUGGAGCGAUGGUCGUGAGAUCGCGUUGUUAACGGUAUUCGGUGUACUGAUUAUCGCCUGGGCAGUAGCGCAAUGGCGAGGUGGUGAAAAUGCUACGGUGCCGCUUCGUAUUCUCCAGCAGCGCACGGUUGCGUUUUCGAUCUUUUAUAUCUUCCUUGCGAGUGCAUCAUUCGUUUUGCUAAUCUAUUAUUUGCCGAUUUGGUUUCAGGCAAUCAAGGACGAUUCUGCAGACCAAUCGGGCAUUCACAACUUGCCAACGGUUUUGAGCGUCGUGGUAUUUGCUAUUGCAAGUGGACUUGGCGUCACUUUCGUGGGAUACUAUACCCCAUUCAUGAUUGCAGGGUCGAUGGUAAUGGCGAUUGGUGCGGGGUUACUUCUCCUAUUCAGAGUGGAUAUUCCCCUGUCGAUGUGGCUUGGGUUUCAAAUCGUGUUUGGUACUGGCGCUGGUAUUGGACUUGAACUACCGAACAUUGCCGUUCAGACAGUCCUUCCCGAAGAGGAUGUCUCCAUCGGGACAUCUUUGGUGGUCUUUGCUCGAUCUCUUGGGGGCGCUAUCUUCGUCUCUGUGGGCGAGAAUAUUUUCAGCAACCCCAUUGUCUCUGGCAUGCUUGCCCGAGUUCCUGAAUUGGACCCUUCCAUUGUUCUUGAAUCCGGAGCAACUGAUCUACAGCAAACAGUUAGGCAAGCCACUUCGGGCCAGGCCAAUGUGGUAGCCCGUGUAUUUGAGAUCUACAAUGAUGCCAUCGUCCAAACAUUUGUGGUUGCUUUAGUCUUAGCCUGUUUAUCCAUCAUUGGUGCCUUGGGUGUGGAGUGGCGUACCGUGAAAAUCUCUCCCAAGGGAAAGGAGUCGGAAGAAAUCCAUUAA